AUGCAUAAACUUCCCACUAUUGACUUCACCAACAAGAGAAACUUACAACCCGGCUCAACCUCAUGGAUCUCCACUGCCGUUGAAGCCACACAUGCCCUUGAAGAAUACGGAUGUUUCAUAGCAGAGUAUGAUAAAGUGACUUUGGAGCUCAAUGAUGCUGUGUUUCAAGGAUUGCAAGACUUGUUUGAUAUCCCGACUGAAAUCAAAGUACAAAACAAGUCCACAAAACCCUUGUAUGGCUAUGUUGGUCAAAUUCCAUUCAUUCCUCUAUAUGAAAGCAUGGGGUUUGAUUACUCCAACACCCUUGAUGGUGUAAAAAGUUUCACUGAUGUCAUGUGGCCUGGUGGAAAUGAAGCUUUUAGUGCAACGGUGCUAGCAUACAACAAGCUAGUGGCAGAGUUGGAAGAAAUGGUGACAAGAAUGGUGUUUGAAACCUAUGGUGUGGAGAAGUAUUUGGAUGCUCAUAGGAAAAUGGUCACAUACCUUUGUAGGGGCAUGAAGUAUAGAGUACCUGAGGAAAAUGAAACUAAUAUGGGUUUUGUUCCUCAUACCGAUAAAGACUUUAUCACCGUUCUGCAUCAAAAUGGAGUCAACGGUUUAGAGGUCAAAGCAAGGGAUGGUGAGUGGUUCACUGUGGAGCUCAAGCCUUCGUCAUACAUAGUUAUGUCAGGCGAUGCAGCCAUGGCAUGGAGUAACGAAAGAUUGCAUUCACCAUUUCACAGAGUUACUAUGAAUGGAAAAGAAAGCCGAUAUUCUAUAGCCCAAUUUUCAUUUCUGGAAGGGAUAAUAGAGACACCAAAAGAGUUUGUUGAUGAAGAGCAUCCCUUGAAAUUUAAGCCAUUUGAUCACCUUAAGUAUCUCGAAUUCUAUAACCAGGAGGAAAACCGGAGACUCGAAUGUGCUAUAAGAACCUACUGUGGAGUGUGAGACUUGCAAAGACAUGCUUCCAUCCUAUUCAAGUUGAUGAUGUUUAAGUGUGUGAACAAUAAAUUUCUUAUUAUCUCAUUUGGUGUAUGUGUAUUAGGGCCAAUAAUCCUAAUCUUUCCUAAAUAAUAACUUAAGUUAAUGGCUAUUUUUACUUCUGUGACAAUGA